AACCGCCUCUUCCUCUCCACAACCUCCUCGUGCCCAUAGCCGCACACCCGUUCUAUACUCAUUGGAGUCUCCCAUACAGUUUCAGGACCCCCGUUUUCUCCGCCUCCUUCUGCCGUUUUCCCCUACUGAUUCGUUCAAGAAUUGAGGGCGUCCAGCGUUGAGUGUGUCCUUCGAUUGAGGUUCUCUCUUCUCUCGAUUCCCUUUUCGUGAUUUUGUUCCAUCAGUUGAGGGUUUACUGACUGCAAAUUUUGGGGUUUAGUUUUUGAAAUUUGUUGGGUUGCUGUGGUAUACUACUGUUCUUAGUCAGAAGAGGAACCCUAGAUUUUGGGGAGCUUUUGCCUGCUGCCAUACAGAUUUUAGGGUUUUGUUUUCGUGGUUGUUUACGGUAAUGGGUCGGGGUUAUAUUUUCAGAGCCGCCUCGUUUUGCUUUUGCUUGUUCAGGGGGAGCCUGGAAGCAGCCCUUCCCCGAUAUAGAAGCAGAAGGUCAUAAUUAACAUAUAUUUGGUUUUAGCCUUUUAGGUGAGAAGAUACUUCAUAGAAAGAAUCUUUGGUGGUAUUUAUUGGUAAGUAUAACAUACCAAAGUUCAAUUGAAUUGAUUGGAUUGAUUGAUUGAGGUUCAUCUUGACUGAAGAUUUUUGGUGACUUCAAAGUAGAUAGUGUAUAGACUGAACUAGCCAAGCCUAAUUACAUUUUGUACAGAACAGUUUUGAAGAAUUAGGGGCUUGGAAAUUUUGGUUUUAGAGAAGUAGUGACUUUUAAGGUGCAUCUUGAGGAGCAUUUGAAUUGGUUUUUGUGAGGAAAUAAAACAAUUUUGGCGGGACAGCUCGGAGCUGAGAAGUUUAACAGAAAGAAAAAUUUGGAAUUCUUUCUUUAUGAUCAUGUUCAGUAAUGGUUAUGGAAAGAAGUGAGCCUUCAUUAGUGCCGCAAUGGCUGAAGAGCAGUGGAAGUAUCAGUAGCAGUGGCAGUUCACACCAACAAUUAACAUCAUCUUUGUACUCUGACAAUCAUUCUACAGCAAGGCAUGCCAGAAAUAAGUCUUCAGUAAGUAGCAAUCAUGAUAUAGGUCGCUCAUCUGUUUCAGAUAGGUCUGCUUCAGCUUAUUUUCACCAAAGCUCUAGUAGUAACGGCACUACCUUCUCACGAUCUUAUAGUGGUUUCAGUAAAGGGAGACGUGAUAGGGAUUGGGAGAAAGAUAUUAAUGGUUACCAUGAUAAGGAACAGAACCUUGACUAUGCUGAUUCUUUGGAUGACAUGUUGCCAAGUUUUGAUAAAGAUCCAUUACGGCGUUCACAAUCUCUGAUAAAGGGGAAGCGGGGUGACACCUGGCCAAGGAAAGUAAGAAGUGACUCAAAUGCAGUCAACAAAAGUAACCAUACUAGUGGUAAUGCUCUUAAUGAAAUUAACGCAAUUGGUAACAAAUCUACGUUUGAACAUAAUUUUCCCUCUCUUGGGGCUGAAGAGAGACAAGUUGGGGCAGAGACAGGGAGAGUCUCAUCUCCUGGCUUGAGUACUGCUAUUCAGAGUUUGCCUGCAGGUACUUCUGCUUUGACUAGUGGUGAUGGCUGGACAUCAGCUUUAGCAGAGGUGCCAGUAAAUAUGGGAAGCAGUGGCCCUGGUGUUGCAGCAACUCAAACAGCCUCAGCGUCAAUUGUUCCAACCAAGACAACUGGCCUUAAUAUGGCUGAAACAGUAGCUCAGGGGCCUACUCGUGCUCAUACUCCCCCCCUGCUGAAUGUUGGAUCUCAAAGACUUGAGGAGUUGGCUAUUAAGCAAUCUAGACAGUUAAUUCCAAUGACACCAUCUGUGCCUAAAACCUUGGUGCUAAGUCCUUCCGAGAAAUCAAAAUCUAAGAUUGGACAGCACCAGUAUUCCUUGUUCUCUCACCAUAACUCACGUGGUGGAACUGCAAGAUCUGACAGUUUAAAGACACUUAAUGAAAGCAGGCUUCAGAUUCUCAAACCAUCACGAGAGUUGAAUGGUUUUCCUACAACUGCAAAGGAGACCUUGAGUCCUACUAAUGGAAGCAAAUUAGUAAAUAGCCCGGUUAGUGGUAAUCCAUCUUCUGCUGCUUCUGCUCCCUUUAGGAGUUCGAGCCACAGCUUUGGCCAUUCUAAUGCAGAGCGCAAUCCAACUUCUUUCCGUGUAACUAUUGAAAAGAGAACAACAGCCCAAGCCCAGAGUAGGAAUGAUUUCUUCAACCUUCUAAAGAAGAAAUCUUCUCAGAACUCCCCUUCUGCUGUCUCUGAUCCUGGUGGUGCUGUCUCACCAUCUUUCUCAGAGAAGUCAGUUGAAGUCACCACCGAAGAUGACAGCAGUACUGUUACUCUGCAUGAUGGCCAUGUGCCCCCUUCAUCAGAAAUCUCUGUUGUUGGAUUGCUGACUGUCAAUAGGUCUGAAAUCACCCAUGAUGGUGAUUCCUAUGGUGGUUCUUAUCUGUGCUCUAGCAAUGGAGAAGAGCAUCCAGCCCGCCGGGUGUUUCUUGGUGGGGAAGAGGAAGAAACUGCUUUUCUACGUUCCCUAGGUUGGGAUGAAAAUGCUGGUGAGGAUGAAGGUCUUACAGAAGAGGAGAUACGCGACUUCUAUGAGGAGUACAUGAAAUUGAGACCAUCUGCAAAACUUUCCCAAGGGAUGCUGCCAAAAUAACCAUUGAACACAUAAGAAAGGAGUAACGUGUUCCUUCAUUUGGAUCAACCACAUGUUGGAUUCAAACUCAGAAUCUUGACUCACCAAGUAUAUGCUAGUUCACUUCAAAACUUUCAGUUGAUUGCUGAUGUGAUUGCGUUUUCCCAUUUUGUUUCUUUGUUGAUAUUGGGUCGAUACCUAGAGCACUGAGUACUACAAGCAAAAUAGGAUGAAUUAUAUCUGUGGUUGCUGUUUGUUGGAAUGGAUUGGAAUAAGCUAGAACUGGUCCAGUCCUGAAGAAGACUUGCUAUGCAAUCUUCUAGGCUUUUUAACAUAGAUUUUCUGAGACAUAAAGGUUGAGAGGUGGGUAGCAGUAGCCUAGUUUUUGUCAUUGUCUACAAUGGAAGAAACUUUGGGGAACGAUAAGUAGAAGUUCCGGUUUCAAGAUUUUUUCGGGUUAGGGGCAUAAUCCAAACAAAAAGUUUAUGGUUUCAGUUAUUUGCAAAGGAAAAAGAAAGAGAAUUUAGUUUCGUGUGGCUGUUUCUUCUCCUUUUUCGUAUGGCUAUUGCCUUUAAUGUCUAUAUCUGGGAUUUAAACCAUUAAUUCUUUCACAACAAGACAACCAUAGGAUGGAAAUUGUGUAAGUUAUAUUUUUGAAUGCUAAUAUUGUAGUUAUAAUGUUACAUAAAGAUUAUAAACUUAU